AUGGAGAUGCUCCAGUUAUCUGAGGUCCCUGGGUAUGGGGAUGGGAGACCCCUGAAUGGAAGCUGUAAGGCAGAGGAUAGGGGUCCCCAGCAAGGAUGGGGGCUUGGGCAGAGGUCUCAGGCUGGCCCUGAGACACUGGCCUUCUCCCAGGGGCUGCUGCUGUGGGUGCUGCUGGGCGUGGGUGGGGUGUGGGCAUCCAGGGGGCCACUGCGGCCACUGUGCCGGCCCAUCAAUGCUACCCUGGCUGCGGAGAACGAGGCCUGCCCUGUCUGCAUCACCUUCACCACCAGCAUCUGUGCGGGUUACUGCCCCAGCAUGGUACGGGUGCUGCCGGCUGCCCUGCCACCUGUGCCCCAGCCGGUGUGCACCUACCGUGAGCUGCGCUUUGCCUCCGUCCGGCUCCCUGGCUGCCCUCCUGGCGUGGACCCAAUGGUUUCCUUCCCCGUGGCCCUCAGCUGUCACUGCGGGCCCUGCCGCCUCAGCAGCUCUGAUUGCGGGGGUCCCAGAGCCCAACCCUUGGCCUGUGACCGACCCCUGCUCCCAGGCCUCCUCUUCCUCUAAAGCUCCCCCACCUCAACCUCCCACACCCACCCCAACUCCUGGAGCCAGCAGAUGCUCCCCUCUCCCCUUCCCUCCCCUCCCAAUAAAGGCUUUUCAAACUGCA